CAGGCAACAACAUCAGCUGCUUUAUUUUUCUUCAUCUUCUUCAUCAUCGUCGUCGCGUGGGAGAAGAACCGCCGGUUCGCAGCAGGUGAUGAUCACGGAUUAAUAUUUUAUUUUUGUUUUUUCUUAAGGACGAUGAAGAGAUUUAAUCCCUGUGAAGCAAUGGCCCAAGAAACCAACCAGAGCCCAGUGCCCAUGCUGUGUGCCACAGGCUGUGGUUUCUAUGGCAACCCACGGACCAACGGCAUGUGCUCCGUAUGUUAUAAGGAACACCUGACGCGGCAGCAGAGCAGCGACCGCAUGAUGAGCAGCGACCGCAUGAUGAGCAGCGACCGCAUGAUGAGCAGCGACCGCAUGGCCUCAGCUGUCAGUCCUACCUCAGAGGCUUCAGCCAUCCAGAGGUUAGAAGCCAGUUUAGCCAAAGUCGAAGCUUCUUCAUCUGCUUCCUCAGCUGAGACGUCUAGCAAUGUUCAAGGAUCUCUUCCUGUGACUCAACAAAUGACAGAGAUGAGCAUCUCCAGAGAGGACAAGCCUGAAAUCCUCGACCCUGUUGUAAUCCAGCCGGCUGCUUCUAGUUCUGCUCCUGCAGCAGCUUCACCCGGCAGCGACGAAAACCAGGGCGACGCCCCCAAACCUAAGAAGAACAGGUGCUUCAUGUGUCGCAAAAGAGUGGGCCUCACAGGCUUCGACUGUCGCUGUGGUAACCUGUUCUGUGGAAUCCACCGAUACUCCGACAAGCACAACUGUCCCUACGACUACAAGGCCGAGGCCGCGGCCAAGAUCCGCAAAGAGAACCCUGUCGUCGUGGCCGACAAGAUCCAGAGAAUAUAGAUCAGAGAGCAACCUUUGACCUUUGACUGGAGUACGAGUGUGAACCUCCUGAGAUCGGCGGCAGCGACAGAGCGAGUGACGAUGGAAAGGACUUGAUUUACAAAAAUGACACGACCUCAAGAAUAAUAUGGCGGGAUAAAAGAGGAAAGAAGGCGGAGCUGGUGUGUGAGGGAGAUGAAUGCAUGAAUUAAGUCAUUAGUUUGUUUUAUCCGUGGUGUGAUUUUUCUUUUCUUUUUGCUGCUGUCGAGUCCUCCUUCUGUUUUUAUGAUGGUCUUAUGAAAAGCAGCCCAGGUUAACGUUCCAGGAUAAGCUGCGCUCCUCUCACCCAAACCAGGCGCCAUUUUGUGCCAAACCGUCGGCGGCCAUUUUGUCAGACCCUCUGCCAAGUGUUGGUCACGUGUCCCUCAAACUUUGAACUUCCCGUUCCGGCCCCCGUUGGCACCGUUGAGUCAAAUGUUUUGGAGAAGCGUAACUGAAGCAUAGCGUAACUGCCCCCCACUGUGCACAGGGGGCGCCGUUACUCUGUCUUUCCACAGCUUUACCUACCUCACAGCUGCUGUGUUAAGCUUUGCCGUCUUCCCGUUCACUUUAAUUUGAUCCCAGCAGAAACCAUGGGUCAGCCUCGGUGACCAUGUGAUCAGAGAGGCCUCAUCCACACGACUAUAAUUCAUCUGUCGUCCACACUUUACCCCAGUGUUUUCAGUCGUCUGGAAGGAAACAGUGACCUUUAAAAAUACUCACAAUCAAUUCUUGUCAGACACAACACGACUCUCAACAAUACUCCAUAAAUUUUAAAAAAGCAAAAAUUCUGCUCCCGGUUUUCUGUCGUCCACACUACCCCAGCUUUGAAAACACUGCUAGUGUUUUUGUUUGAAAACAAAACAAACCUUAUGAGCUGCAUUUUAGUCUGGACAAAGACCUUUAAAAAUACUUCUUGUCAGCCACAACAUGACUUUCAACUGUAAACAGAAAGCUCCUGUUAAUACUCAAGAUCCACAUUAAUCCGUUUUCUAAAAAAAAAAGAAAAAAGAAAAGCAUCAAUUCUGGUAUUUUCAAGCCCUGAAAACACAGGGCAAUGUUGCUCAGUUUUUUUAUCGUUUGAGAACCUAACAAACUCAAAUGGCUUUUUUUUUUCAGUCUGGACGGAAACAGAGACCGUUGAAAAUAAAGGCACAUUAACUCUAAAUCAUUUAUUGGCCAAAACGUGCCUGUCAGUCAGCUGUAAAGGAUCAGCUUUGAUUAAUCCAGUUUCAUUUUUAAAUAAUGCAUAAAUUAGUCCACACUUAUCCAGUGUUUUCAUACCCAGAAACACUGCUGGUGUUGUUUUUGUUUGAAAAUUCAACAAACUCAGUCAGCCUCAUUUUAGUCAGGACUUUAAAAAUGAUGAUGCAUUUAUUUCAGCUCCUAGGCCACAUCCACGUUACUGCAAUUUCAUAUUUUUAAAAAGCAUAAAUUCUGUUCCAGGUAUUCCAGGAUCUGUCAGGUCAUGUGAUUCAUGUGUGUUGUCAGUGUGGACACAGAUUUGAAAGUGUAGUCGCGUGGAUUCUAAGCCUCGCAGGUCUUGAUUGUGAUGAGGCUGUUUUCCGGAGUUUUCAGUGGACAUGCUAACAGCUAACGGAUUAUCCAGACUGGGCUUGAUUGUAAAUCCUGGACGCCUGGUGCAGCAGGGGGCGUGUGCGAGAAGAAGGACAGCCUCCCUCUUCUCUGGCAGAUCAUGUGACUUUAGGCUACGAUUAUUGUUGGGGCAUGAAUGAACGAAUGAAUGAAUGAAUGCAUGAUGACGUAAUCUACGCCUGCACGCGUGUUACUUUGGGGGUUUUACACGUUUUAUUUGCUUAGCGACAAUUAUGUUCCGUUCCCUUUUUAUUAUUAUUUUCUUUUCUCUUCCAUUGAUUUUGAACUCAUGUAUUCUGUGCAUUUGUGGAAUUAUGUGGAAUUAUGUGAAUAUGAAAGGAUUAGGGCCACAAGUGAACUUGUUUUUUUGUUUUUUUAAAAUUGAAAUAUAAAAAACAGGAAGAAAAAUCUGAAAUAGAUUUUUAAUCACGGAAUGCUAAGAUGAAACGAUUAAAAAUAGAAUUCUGACUUCAAUCUUAUAAAUCUUGACUUUAAUCUCAGGAUUCUGAGGAAACGAUUCUGGAUUAAAUCUCAAAAACAGAAAACAAAUCUGAAUUCUGACUUGAAUUUUUACUUUAAUCUCAAUGAAUUCAGAGAUUAAAUUCAUUCUGACCCUUUUCUAUUUUUUGUUCACAUGUGGCCUUCGUCAUCUUCCAUAAUGUGAACCAUUUCAAUUUUUUUUAUAUACGCUAACAAGUGUGUGUGUGUGUGCGUGAGUGAGUGAGUGUGUGUGUGUGUGUGUGUGUGUGUGUGUGUGUGUGUGUGUGUGUGUGUGUGUGUGUGUGUGUGUGUGUGUGUGUGUGUGUGUGUGUGAAGCUCCCUGGUUUUAUCAGCACAUGUUUACAGAACUACAGGAGCAUGCCAGAGUUAGACUUAUGAAAAAUAAUAGAAAACUAAGAUUAGAUGUUAACUUCUCAUCUUUCUAACAGCUGUUGGUCUGCGAUAGAGCACCGUAGAAAAGUGUGUGUGUGUGUGUGUGUGUGUUUCAUUUAAAGGAUAACCGUAUGUAUCUGUUUGAGGUUUUUUGUUUUUUUUUCUUUCCUGAUUCUUAGUUAUAUGCAAAUUUGUACAAAAAAAAAGAAAAAACAACAAACUGUGUUGAUAUUUAUGUAUUAGGUAUAAUCUUGCUAUCCAGCAUUACGACAGCUUAGUAUCAUGUAAAUAAAAACUGUACAGAGAGACAUUA